UCACCCCACGUCAUGUGCGUCGAUGGCCGAGAUCAUGUCAGUACUGUUCUUUCACACAAUGAGGUAUAAGAUCUCGGCUCCCCGUGAUCCCUCCUCCGAUAGAUUUAUACUUUCCAAGGGACAUGCAGCACCAAUCCUAUACGCAGCAUGGGCAGAAGCUGGACUUUUCCCCGUCGAAGAUUUAAAGAAUCUCCGUAAAAUCGAUUCUGACUUAGAAGGUCAUCCCACACCGAGGCUGAACUUCAUUGAUGUGGGCACUGGCUCCCUCGGACAAGGGUUGGCCGUAGCCGCCGGUAUGGCUUAUGUGGGGAAGUACUUCGACCAGACACCAUACAGAGUAUACUGUUUGGUGGGCGACGGUGAGGCAGCGGAGGGCAGUAUAUGGGAGGCUUUACACUUCGCAAGCCAUUACAAACUGGAUAACUUAGUUGUUAUCUUUGAUGUUAACCGACUUGGACAGUCCGAGCCUACUUCCCUGCAGCACCAGAUGGAUGUGUACGAUGCGCGUUUAAAAGCUUUCGGUUUUCACUCACUGGUUGUCGAUGGACAUGACGUCAGCGAGCUUAUCAAAGCUUUCGACGAAGCAACUACAGUUAGCGGCAAACCCACCGCUAUAAUAGCCAAGACUUACAAGGGCAAAGGGUUCCCUAACAUUGAAGAUAAGGAGAACUGGCACGGAAAGGCCCUGGGUGCGGAGGGAGAAAAGAUCAUUAAGCACCUGCAGGCCCAGAUGAAAGACCCGCGCGUGUCUCUGCCGGUGCGCGCGCCGGUGGCCGAGGCGCCGCGCGUGCACCUGCGUGACGUCACGCUGUCGUCCCCGCCCAGCUACGAGCCCGGCCAGAAGGUCGCCACGCGCCUGGCCUACGGGCACGCGAUCAAGAAGCUCGCCGAUACCAACAUGAGAGUAAUCGCUCUGGAUGGUGACACCAAAAAUUCUACAUUCAGUGACAAGCUACGCAACGCUUAUCCAGAAAGGUACGUGGAGUGCUUCAUCGCAGAACAGACGCUGGUGGGCGUGGCGACGGGCGCGGCGUGCCGCCAGCGCGCCAUCGUGUUCGCCUCCACCUUCGCCGCCUUCUUCACGCGCACCUUCGACCAGAUCCGCAUGGGAGCCAUCAGCCAGAGCGACAUGAACCUCGUGGGCUCGCACUGCGGGGUCAGCAUCGGCGAGGACGGGCCGUCGCAGAUGGGCCUCGAGGACCUCGCCAUGUUCCGCGCCGUGCCCACCGCCACCGUCUUCUACCCCUCCGACGCGGUGUCGACGGAGCGCGCGGUGGAGCUCGCCGCCAACACGAAGGGCAUCUGCUACAUCCGCACGUCUCGCCCCGAGACCGCUAUCAUCUACAAGCCGGAUACUGUGUUUAAGGUGGGAGAGGCGAAAAUAGUACGUGAAAGCCCUCAAGACAAAGUUCUAUUGAUCGGCGCUGGAAUUACUUUACACGAAGCCCUGGCUGCCGCUGACGUCUUGCAAAAGAAGGGUAUCUCGGCUCGUGUGAUGGACCCCUUCACCAUCAAACCUCUGGACGAGGAAGCCGUCCGCAAACACACCAAGGCGGUCGGUGGCAGAGUGGUGGUCGUCGAAGAUCACUACCAAGCCGGCGGGCUGGGCGAGGCGGUGUUAUCAGCGCUGGCUCUGACCCGCGACGCGCUGCUGCGGCAGCUGUGCGUGCGCGCCGUGCCGCGCUCCGGCCCGCCCGCGCAGCUGCUGGACCUGUUCGGGAUCUCCGCCAGACACAUUGCAGCUGCUGCCGAGGAGCUGCUGCAGCUGUAG